ACGCUUUUGGAUAUCUUCCUAAGAUAUUGCCACCUUCCAGCUUUUUCGCAAAUCUUGAAUCCAAACCGCCUUUAUCCAAUCUUGUAAAUGUUCGUGGAUUUAUCAAGGCUGAGGAUGGCAGAAGAGGCGGAUGGUGGCUACCACUUUGGAAUGACGAUUCUGUUGAGGACACUUUGGAGUCUCCUAUUAAUAGUACUAAUAAUGCAGAUGAACAAAAUCAGACUGGUACAAUGUAUGUUAAAAAAAACAUGAAUUUAUCGCGUUUUUAUUCUUCACUUAAAUUGCUUGUUUUACUUAACCUGCUUGCUCCUUCUAUAAAUAUUAGACAAGUCGCUCGUUCAUCUUCGCCUGAUCCACAUUCAACUCCGGUUUUCGUGGUACCAUCAAGUAAUACUACUCGAUCAAACUCACCAGCACCGGAAAAUGUACCUUUAACAGCAGUUCCAACAACAGGGGAUCCAAAUUCUAAUGAAAAGGAUUAA